AUGCAGUUUGGUCGGUUUGACUUCGCUGCCGGUGAUGAUUCUCAGCUUAUUGGGCAAGUGAACAAGCUGAAGAGCGAUCUGAAAGAUGCAUUGGUGCUGUUGGAUUCGGUCGAUGAAACUAUCAGCAUAGCCAAACAAAAAGCCAGUGAAACGGAGGAAACAUUAAAACGAUGGAAAGUUAUUAAAGGUUAG